AUGCCAAGCACACCAUGCUUAUACUCAAGAGGGACAGGCAACAAGAUCACAAUUAUUACAGCAUAUGUAGAUGACAUGCUGAUAAUGUCACCCAGUUGUAAUGAAGUUGACCACACCAAACAAGAAAUCAUGGGCAAAUGGGAAAUGGAAGACAACAGGGAAAUCAAGGAGUUCCUGGGUAUCAAAAUCACACAUGACAGAAGAAUGAGGAGGAUAUCCCUGGAUUUAAUGGCAUAUGUCAAAGCAAUGGUAAACAAAUGGUUAGGAGGAGCAAACAAGAAAUCCUGGAUACCUAUGUUGAGUGUGGCAAACGUCGCUGGAGGCAAGAAAUGCAACCCUCAACAAGUGAAGAGGUAUCAAGAGUUGGUUGGCCAACUAUUGUGGGUCUCCAACACUGCUCAACCAGAUAUUGCCUUUGCUGUGGGUACAUUGGCAUGA